GAAAAAAUGAUGCGCAUUAAAAAGUAGCGACACAAGUUACUGAGGUGCACAACGAAGUAAGAAACCUGGUUGGACAAUACGUACCCUAACAUCAACAGACACACUCCUCGUUGGUAACAGUAAGACAAUAGUCAGAUAGUAGGAAUAUCUGAAAGUGUCGUCGGAGGUAAUCAGACCAACGAAUACUACAAUUGCUUUGACUACACCACUAAUAAGCACACAACUAAUAAGCAGCUAACAAGUAUACAGAAACAAGUGUACAGAAACAAGUGUAUCCAUAUACCAAGUGCCAAAGUCUGUACUUAGUGAAAGGACAGACCAAUUUUCAGACCCACAUCCUCGUUCAGACCCACACAUCUACAAACACAAUGGUCGAAAGCAACAUUCUUUCCAUCUUCAAAACAUCCCAAGCUCCCACUCUCAUCGAGGAAGACUGUAUCCCAUGUACUCUGAUGCAGCUGGCAACGGCCUUGGGAAUGGGUGGAUACUUGUUAACCGAUAGGAUUUACACCGAAGCUGAUGGGACGAUUGAUGGACGCAAACACCCCAAAUGGUGGCGCAACAGCGUGAAGACUUCGGGUGUUGUAUUGGUAAUGUUCGGAGUCCAACGGCUAUAUCGUGUGUAUGAAAUUUACCAGGACCAACGGCCUUUACAGUGAUAGGCGUAUUGGGUAAUGGUUGUAUUACACCGCACCACUCCAUGUAAGGUACAAAAGGGUUUUCAUCCCGGUACCGGUAGGCCCGGUCAAGAAAAAUAAAAUAUACCAAACAGGAAGGCCAAAUGAUGAAUAGUCAGAUAAUCUUUUGUCUACGUCACCUUGACGAGCGUUGGGUUGACGUGUACUCUGUAAAUAGUAAAUAUCAUGCGUGAAAUUGCAUAUGAAAUGUGAAUACUGACCUCAU